AUGCCAAACGCCCCCUCCAUGCCGCCCAUCAUGAACAUGCCCCUGCCAAAGACGCCCGCCCGUGUGUGCGACCCGCCCUUCAUCCAGAGUGCGAUCCUGGAGCCCGAGCCCGGCAGCAUCGUGCCGCGCGGCACACGGGCGGUGUGGGUGCGCGGCUACGCCUGGAGCGGCGGCGGCUCGCCCAUCAUCCGCGUGGACGUGAGCGCCGACAACGGCGCCACCUGGGUGCUGGCAGACCUCACGGAGACCCACCUCGGCCCGGGCGGCAAGGCUUGGGCCUGGACCAAGUUUCAAGUGCCAAUAGAGGUGCCGCAUGCCAUCCGCGCGCGCGGCGGCAAGUGGCGGCUGGCGGUCAAGGCCAUCAACUGCAACUGCGACUCCCAGCCGGUGCGUGGCGGCAGCGAGCGUCGGGGCGGGGCGGGGUCGGGCGGGGUGUGGGGCUCUGUGGCGGCGGUGUGGAACUUCCGAGGACUGGCCAACAACGCGUGGCACACGACCCCGCUGUUUGUGGAGCCACCCAGCCGCGACCGGUAG